UGCAUUAAUCUAUUCAUGCACAUAUCUGGUCAAAAUUUACCAUAAGAAUGACUACCACUCAAGGAGGGGAAAAAGUGCGAAACGCAAGCAUUGGUUGAUUUGCAGCAGCAGCUGGUUCCAGGGUUUUUGUUGGGUUUUUGCUCUUCCACUCCAUUUCUCCUAAACUCAUUUCAACAAACACCUUCAAGUCAACUCAAUAUGCCCUGAACUCAACACAAUGCAUCGACGCCGUUUCACUCUCUUCACCCUCCAACUCCUCACCAACAACAUUCCCCUACGCUCACUCCCCACCUUAACUUCCCUACACUCUCACCACCACCGUCACCUCUCCUCCACCACCUUCCGCCGUCCACCACCUGACCCAAACGACCCUUCAAUACUCCUCAAAGAAGACGGAUUCUCCCUAUGUUCCCAAAUGUGGAUCGACAAUUUCCGUCACCCCGACAAAAUCAUCACCAACCUCUCCUCCUUCCUCCGCCGCUUCGAACUCUGGCUCCUCGCUUACCAAAAAGUCACCACCGACGAAACCGGUUCGUACACGCCGCGCAGUUCAAUUCAACGACCUCAACUCGAAGACCUUCUCGCUCUUCGUAACGCUGUUAUCGAUGGUAAUUUCAAAUGGGGUUCGCGGCUUAAAUUUCAUAUCAAAUCACCUAUUGAUAAAACCGAUUAUGAAUCGCUUUCCAAAAGAAAAAUCAAAAUCAUAUUAACUACUACCCAGCCCACACCUUUUCAAGAUAAAAUUGUUCAGGAGGUUCUUUUGAUGAUCCUUGAACCUAUUUAUGAACCUAGGUUUUCGUCCAAGUCUUUCGCUUUUCGUCCUGGGAGGACGCCGCAUACUGUUUUGAGAAUUAUUAGGAGGAACUUUGCUGGCUAUUUGUGGUAUUUGAAAGGUGAUUUGAGUACUUUGUUGGAUGGGGUGAAGGUAGGGUUAGUGAUUAAUGCUCUUAUGAGAGAUGUUAGGGAUAAGAUGGUUGUUGAUUUGUUGAAAUCCGCGUUGGUUACGCCGGUUGUAACAAGUAAGGUUGAUGAUAGAGAAAAGAAGAAGACAAAGAGGAAGUAUCAGAAGAAGAGGAUUUUGAAUGAGGAUGAACCUAAGCCUGAUCCUUAUUGGUUAGACACUUUUUUUGGAUUUGCACCCGAGGAAGCUGAGAAGGUUCCGAAUUGGGGUCAUUGUGGAGUUUUGAGUCCUCUUUUGGUUAAUAUUGUUUUGGAUGAGUUGGAUCGUUGGUUGGAAGGGAAAAUGAAGGAGAUUUAUGUUCCUUCCAAGAGUGAUGUUAUAUGGAAUAGUCCUGAAGGGGAAGCUGAACAGGGAAACACUUCUUGGCCGGAGUUUGUGCCUACCAGUGGACCUGAUAAAACUAGGAAGAUGGAUUUUAUAAGAUAUGGAGGUCAUAUCUUGAUUGGUGUUCGGGGUCCUAGGGCGGACGCGGCUACAUUGAGGAAGCAGUUGAUUGAGUUUUGUGAUCAGAAGUUGAUGGUCAAGCUUGAUAAUGAGUGCCUUCCUAUAGAACAUAUAACCAAAGGUAUAAUGUUUCUCGAUCACGUGCUUUGUAGGAGGGUUGUUUAUCCAACUCUUAGGUACACUGCAACUGGUGGUAAGAUCAUUAGUGAAAAGGGUGUUGGAACACUUUUGUCGGUCACGGCGAGCUUAAAGCAAUGCAUUAGGCAAUUCAGAAAGUUGAGUUUUCUAAAGGGUGAUAGGGAUCCUGAUCCCCAACCUUGUUUUAGGAUGUUUCAUGCCACUCAAGCUCACACCAAUGCUCAAAUGAACAAGUUUUUGUCAACCAUGGUUGAAUGGUAUAGGUUUGCAGACAAUAGGAAGAAGAUUGUGAACUUCUGUUCUUACAUCAUAAGAGGCUCACUUGCAAAGCUUUACGCUGCUAAAUACAAGCUUCGCUCGCGCGCAAAAGUGUAUAAGAUUGGUGCCCGAAAUCUGAGCCGUCCACUGAAGGAGAAGAAAGGACAGUCUCCUGAGUAUCAAAAUUUGCUUAGGAUGGGUCUUGCCGAAUCAAUCGACGGGCUUCAGUAUACAAGGAUGUCUCUCGUACCUGAGACAGAUUACACCCCAUUCCCUGGUAAUUGGAGGCCUGACCAUGAAAAGUCGUUGCUAGAAUACAUAAAGUUAGAAGAUCCAAAGACUUUGGAGGAGCAACAGAGUGGCAUCAGAGAACAAGGUCUUGUUACACCGCAAGAUUACAUUUCAAUGCUUGUUUGGAAUUACAAAAGGAACUCUCUUCCUAUGGACCAUCUCUCCUUAAUAAAGAGCAAUGAAAGUGUCUUAGGGAAUCAACAUUUGCUAGCUGUCUCAAACCAGGAUGACCAUGAACACACAAGCAAAGAGGAAGAAACUGAUGCAGGGAUGAAUGAAGCACAGAUGUAACAAAAGGGUCUGUAUUAUCCUUCACCUUUCAUGGAUGCUUGCCUUGCCACAAAAAGGACACAAUAUCUGAAGACUGGGGUUUUUUGUGCAAGCAUCUCAUCCCUACUCAGGAAGAAUGUAGGGAUUGCCACAGUCCUUAUGAACAGGGGCUAAUAUCAGAUGCAAAUGUGGAAAAAUUCCGUCCUAUAUUUGUCGGUCCACAGAAAGGAGUAUUCAAUUUUGUAUGAAGAUCCAAUAAAGUUUGCUCCUCGUGGAUGCAUAUGAUAAGGCAAGAAGGGAAAUUGAACAACUCAAGCAGUAUCAUCUAAUUGGUUAUUGUUCAUAUGUACUUGUCCCAUUUCUUAACAACCCUUGGGUCUUGACUAUACCUAUAAUUUUGUAAACUUUAUUUCUAUACGAAUAGUGUACUAUGAGAAAGAAGCUUACAUUAUUUGAUCUUGUUACUAAUCCACCCAAUGGGGAACAUGAUAAUAAUGCACAGUUUUUGUUUAUAUAUUGUUCAAUUCUGAAUAUAAUUGUCAUGAUAUGCUUCUA